AAUUAUUUAAUUCUAGAUUGUAACCUUGGAUUUUCCGGAAUAAACUGUUCACAGAAAUGCGGUUAUCCAAGCUAUGGUUUGAAAUGUCAAGGUUUUUGCAAAUGUCAAAAACGUAUUUGCAAUAGUGUCAAUGGAUGUAGCUUUCACAAAAUCACAACUUACUCUGCAGACGGGGGAAAAACAUCAUGCCAUCCUGGAUAUUUUGGAAUAAACUGUUCAUGGCCAUGCAGAUACUCUAAUUAUGGUGAUGACUGUCAAAGUAUUUGUAAUUGUGAGAAAAGCUUGUGCAAUAUUACGUAUGGAUGCAUAUCUGUCGAAGGAGAGUCCAUGGAACGAAGUACAUUAAAUGCAGAUCAUGGAAUGCCAAGGACAGAUUUCCCCAUAAACAUUACAAUAGUGUCUGGUGGUUUCUUGCUUGUAAUAAUGUCAAUAAUAGUAGCCGCUCUUAUUAGUACAAAACAUAUUUCCAACAGAAUACAAAGGUUCGAUAAUUAUAUCUACUCUACAAGGGUACAUCAUGUUACAAACAGAAGCUUUGAUACUUCAGGGAACUUUGUGGAGAAUGAAGGCUUACGGCGUCCAGUUUCUGCACGUAAUCAUCUGUAUUAUGAUUUGACUUGAUAUUAGCACUGCAUUUGUAAAAGGCUUCGUCUAUAUCUAAUUAGGUGAGAUAAUUUAUAGCAUGACAUUUUUAACGUUAAAAAUCCACUGCUUUUUUGUAAUAAGCUUAUUUGUGACUUAUAAGGAACGUAACUUGCAAAUAGUAUAGCUCUUCAACGUUCACAUGGGUAAUCAAAAUUUUUGUUAUGCCGUUUAGGUUUUGUUAAUUUUUAUGUAAUUUUGUGAUUUAAUUAUAUAGUUAUCAGUCUGGUCAGUUGGCAACAGUCCGUAAAACUUAACAUUAUGCAACUCACAGAUAUUUGAUGUCAUAUUUUUUUAAAGUGAUUUAGCCUGUCAUUUUGUAAAAAGAAAAAAAGAAGUUUUUUUUUUUACACGAUAUGGCUUGAUUUAUGAAGCCAUGUGUGAUUUUUUUUUUUUUUUUUUUUCGAAAAUAAAUAAAAUUCAGACAUGUUCAGAAACAACGUUUGCUCCACAUACUGAUGGAUGCUAUAUAAAAGGGUCGGACAUCUAAGCUGAUUUCAUUUGAAUUUGGAUAAUGUGUGUGUAGGGGUGUGUGUGUGUGUGUGUGUGUUAAAGUCUGUUCAUUUUGAGCGGUUGGGUUGGGUCAGGUGGGGAUGAGGGCGUUUUUAACAUGUGAGUUUGUUAUGAUAUAAAUAAACAUUAUAUACUUGCUGAAGAAAAAUAAAGAAUUUAACAAUGAA